GCAGUACGUCAGCGCUGCGGGGGAGUUGCGGCUCUCGCGCUGUUGCUGUGGGGUUGUCCGGCCAUCGAUUGCCGCCCUCCCGCUCAACUCGGCCUCCAGCGGCCAUUCACUUGCCCACCCUUUCAACUCCAGACCUUUCCGCAGCUCGAAAGCCGCCGCCGCCUCCUCAUCGCCUCCACCUCCUACUCUUUCCUUCCGACGGAUAGCAACCCCCGCCGCGGUUCUUCGCUCGGCCCAAGCCCGAGGCCCAGCGCCUGGCCUCGAACCCGCGGACCUCCUUCCUUCCUUCUUUCCUUCCUUACCUCCCGCCCGCUCGGCGCCGACUCUUCCCUCCCUCCCGCCCGCCCGCCCGCCCCAUCCCCAUCGGGCCCCCAGCGCGCGCCCAGCGGUUGUUGCCCCGUGGGUUUGAAUCGUGCCGAGAGGAGGGGGGAAGCGAGUGCGCGCUCCCGCGCCGUGGCCGCCAUGAGUGUGGACGCGUACGGGCCGAGCUCGCAGACGCUGACCUUCCUGGACACCGAGGAGGCCGAGCUGCUCGGCGCAGACACGCAGGGCUCCGAGUUCGAGUUCACCGACUUUACUCUGCCGUCUCAGACCCAGACUCAAGGCCAGAGCCAAGGCCCCGGCGACGGGCAGGUGAAUGGACCAGAUGGUGUUCUCCAGAAUGGAGCAGUUGAUGAUGCCGUUGCCAAAGCAAGUCAGUUGUUGCCAGAACUGAACUUUGAGGAGGAUGAAGAGGAUACAUACUACACCAAGGAUCUUCCACUACAUGCGUGCAGUUAUUGCGGGAUUCAUGAUCCAGCCUGCGUAGUUUAUUGCAAUACCAGCAAGAAAUGGUUCUGUAAUGGGCGUGGGAACACCUCUGGCAGCCAUAUUGUAAACCAUCUGGUGAGAGCCAAGUGCAAGGAGGUGACUCUGCAUAAAGAUGGACCACUGGGAGAGACUGUGCUGGAGUGCUACAACUGUGGCUGCAGGAAUGUGUUUCUCCUUGGUUUUAUUCCUGCCAAGGCUGACUCUGUGGUGGUGCUACUGUGCAGGCAACCGUGUGCUAGUCAGAGCAGCCUGAAGGACAUCAACUGGGACAGUUCACAGUGGCAGCCAUUAAUCCAGGAUCGUUGCUUUCUGUCCUGGCUAGUGAAGAUUCCUUCAGAGCAGGAGCAACUGCGAGCCCGUCAGAUCACAGCGCAGCAGAUCAACAAGCUGGAGGAACUCUGGAAGGAUAAUCCAUCUGCUACCCUUGAGGAUUUGGAGAAACCUGGAGUAGAUGAGGAACCCCAGCAUGUCCUCCUCCGGUAUGAAGAUGCUUAUCAAUACCAGAACAUCUUUGGGCCACUGGUCAAGCUGGAGGCUGAUUAUGACAAAAAGUUGAAAGAAUCACAGACUCAAGACAACAUCACAGUCAGAUGGGACUUGGGUCUAAACAAGAAAAGGAUUGCAUACUUUACCCUACCCAAAACUGAUUCUGACAUGCGGCUCAUGCAAGGAGAUGAGAUUUGUUUGCGCUACAAAGGUGACCUUGCACCUCUGUGGAAAGGAAUUGGACACGUGAUUAAAGUCCCGGACAGUAUCCUUUAUUAUGGGGAUGAGAUCGCAAUUGAGCUCCGCAGCAGCGUUGGAGCUCCCGUUGAAGUUACUCACAACUUCCAAGUGGAUUUUGUCUGGAAAUCAACUUCAUUUGAUAGAAUGCAGAGUGCACUGAAAACCUUUGCAGUGGAUGAGACCUCUGUGUCUGGCUACAUUUACCACAAGUUGCUUGGCCACGAAGUGGAAGAUGUAAUUAUUAAAUGCCAGCUGCCCAAACGCUUCACUGCUCAUGGUCUGCCGGACCUCAAUCACUCACAGGUCUAUGCUGUAAAGACUGUUCUCCAGCGUCCACUCAGUCUGAUUCAAGGCCCACCUGGAACUGGCAAAACUGUCACCUCUGCUACUAUAGUCUACCACUUGGCCAGACAGGGCAAUGGCCCUGUUCUGGUGUGUGCUCCAAGUAACAUCGCGGUAGACCAGUUGACCGAGAAGAUCCACCACACAGGUCUGAAGGUGGUGCGGCUGUGCGCCAAGAGUCGCGAGGCCAUUGAUUCACCAGUCUCGUUCUUGGCUUUACACAACCAGAUCCGUAACAUGGACAGCAUGCCUGAAUUGCAGAAGCUGCAGCAGCUGAAGGAUGAGACUGGCGAGUUGUCAUCUGCAGAUGAAAAGCGCUACCGUGCCCUUAAACGGACAGCCGAGCGAGAGCUGCUGAUGAACGCAGAUGUCAUCUGCUGCACCUGUGUCGGAGCUGGUGACCCUCGUUUGGCUAAGAUGCAGUUUCGUUCCAUUCUGAUCGAUGAGAGCACCCAGGCCACAGAGCCAGAGUGCAUGGUCCCAGUGGUCCUGGGAGCAAAACAGCUGAUCCUGGUCGGCGACCAUUGCCAACUGGGUCCCGUGGUCAUGUGCAAGAAAGCUGCGAAAGCUGGUCUGUCUCAGUCUCUGUUUGAGCGUCUGGUCGUCCUGGGGAUUCGACCGAUACGUCUGCAGGUCCAGUACCGGAUGCACCCAGCCCUCAGUGCCUUCCCAUCCAACAUUUUCUACGAAGGCUCCCUGCAAAACGGUGUAACUGCAGCGGAUCGCAUUAAGAAAGGUUUUGACUUCCAGUGGCCACAGCCGGACAAACCAAUGUUUUUCUACGUGACACAAGGCCAGGAGGAAAUUGCCAGUUCAGGCACCUCCUACCUUAAUAGGACUGAGGCGGCCAAUGUGGAGAAGAUCACCACUAAACUUCUGAAGGCAGGUGCCAAGCCAGAUCAAAUUGGCAUCAUUACACCAUAUGAAGGGCAGCGGUCAUACCUGGUGCAGUACAUGCAGUUCAGUGGCUCUCUGCACACCAAACUCUACCAGGAGGUGGAGAUUGCCAGCGUGGAUGCAUUCCAGGGACGUGAAAAGGAUUUCAUCAUCCUGUCAUGUGUUCGAGCAAAUGAACACCAGGGCAUUGGAUUUCUCAACGAUCCUCGCCGUCUGAACGUGGCCCUGACGAGAGCAAGAUAUGGCGUGAUCAUUGUGGGGAAUCCAAAGGCUCUGUCCAAGCAGCCACUGUGGAAUCACCUUCUGAACUAUUAUAAAGAGCAGAAGGUACUGGUGGAGGGACCGCUGAAUAAUCUGCGCGAGAGUCUGAUGCAAUUCAGCAAACCCCGGAAGCUCGUCAACACCAUCAACCCGGGAGCUAGAUUCAUGACCACAGCCAUGUACGAUGCCCGAGAAGCCAUCAUCCCAGGCUCUGUGUAUGACCGGAGUGGCCAAGCGGGUCGCCCUUCCAACAUGUACUUCCAGACCCAUGACCAGAUUGGAAUGAUUGGAGCCAGUCCCAGCCAUGUCGCUGCAAUGAACAUCCCUAUUCCCUUCAACCUGAUGAUGCCUCCCAUGCCCCCGCCGGGCUACUUUGGGCAGGCAAAUGGUCCUGCGGCAGGUCGUGGGAUUGCGAAAGGGAAGCUGAGCCGUGGGGCCCGCCAGAGAAACCGUGGCCUGGGGAACCAGAUCAACAGCCAGGGCAACCUGCCCAACAGCCAGGCCAGCCAAGAUGUGGUGUCGCAGCCAUUCUCUCAGGGCCCACUUACCCAGGGGUACAUCUCCAUGAGCCAGCCCUCGCAAAUGAGCCAACCAGGCCUGUCUCAGCCAGAACUCUCACAGGACAGUUAUCUGGGAGAUGAGUUCAAGUCUCAGAUCGACGUGGCCUUGUCGCAGGAUUCCACUUACCAGGGAGAACGUGCGUAUCAACAUGGAGUGACCGGGCUGUCACAGUAUUAGAACGUUAUGGAGAGGAGAGCUAGGCUUGAGCCAAGCUUAGUUCAACAGUAAUUCAAUCUGGGGAAAAAAAACAUAAAUGGAUACCUGUUUCCACUGCGACUACUGAGGCAUCAACUGUGAGAGAGCAACAGGAGAGAGAAACCAACCAAACCAGAGGAAGAGAAGAGAAAAGAGAGGAGGAGGAGGAGGAGGAGAGGAGAGAGAGAGAGAGAGAAGGAGAGAGACCACUGCUAGCAGUUUGAGACGAGGAGACUGUCUGGAGGAAUGAAGUAAUAGAGGGCACUUGUGUGCCUUGUCAGCCAGGCCAGGCCUGGUCUCACACAUCUACUAAACUCUAUUGCUGUUACCACGCAACUCGCCCACGCCGCUGAGACCCUGCUCCCACCUCGUCGAACAAGGGAGAGAGAAGAAGAGAGAGAGAGAGAGAGAAAGAGAGAAAGAGAGAGGAGGGGCUCGCACUCAAUUACAGUUACCUACUACAUCCGAACUGCCUGUUUCCUGGAGGAGGUGGGAGACCUUACUUGGUUUUGGGAAUAAAAAGGGGAACAUUAUAUCUCACAGUUGUUCUCUGGACGCUACAAUUAGCGAUUAAACUGUAAAUUCCAGCAGUUAGAGCGUCGAAAUGAAGAUUAAUUUCUGGCAAAACCCAGUUGACACAGAGCUGCCUUCUGCCUCCACCCCCUUCGUUUGCUUUAAGGUUGAUCUUGAAGUGUCUAGGCCUUACGCCCAAUGCUAUCAUUUCACGUUGCUUUCUCAAAUCUUCCACAGUGAUUGGUUUUAAAUGCAUGUGCAGAGUUGGGGUUUGUGAAGGAUUAACCAUGGACUGUCUGUCUGAUUCCAGCACUGGGCCGUGGGAGAACUCCGCUGCUCGAGUUUUCCCUUCGCGAGUUUUACGAUUUAAUUAGAGUAGAAAUGCCCAGAACUCUGGGAAAGUUGAUGUCGACCACCUCUCCCAGGGAAGAGUUCAAACCAAGUCAGUGCAAAGAGGUGAAUAAGCCCACGAGUCAGCAGCUAUGGAUGUUUAUCCCUCACUACCCCAUGCUCACCCACCCGGUGUUCUUCGUAUAACCUGCUUUCAAAUGUUUUGUUUCAACUUCAGUCUAUCCGAAUGAUGAGAUUGGAAAGGCGUUGAGCAGAGGAUAACCGGUGCAGACUCUCGAUCUCCGGCCGUGGAAGGCGAGCUGGACAGAGGGAGGUUGGGGUUAGGUGGUGCUCGAGUGGUUUGCACUGUUCUCAUUUGGCGGGUAGUUGAUCACAUUGAUGGUGGUUUUACUGCAGCAGCCAGCGGCAGGGAGGGGGGGGGCUGCGCGGCACGGAUGUUUGACAUGGUGGGGUACUGGGCUGGGCUCAGUGUGCUGACUGGAUGGAACUCUGCCAACGAGGAUCAAGAGAAAUUGUCUAGGUGGCUGUUUCAUUCUUGUCUACUUGCUAAUGGAUAAUCAGAUAUGAAAGCUUUUUAGACUGCUGAACUUGUUUAUUACUUUUAAGGGCACUGUAUUAAUUACUGGAUUAUUUUAGAUACGAGCAUUUAGAAAAUCUUUUGUGUAGGCAUUGGUGCCAAAUCAGAAACUGGCAGUGACCCCCAGUCUCACAGAAGCUCACUAAACCCAAGCCUUUCUGGUAAAGAAUUCCAUCACUUGCAGAAAGCAGGUAGCUAAUGGCAGAAAGUGUUUCAUUAUCUCUCGGGCUCGUGUAUGAUUUUUAGGAUUGCAGUCUAAAACACUGAAUAAUGAACGCUGGGCUUUUAAUCCAACAGCAUUAAGAUCAGCCUGGUAAAGGUGUAUUGUUCCCAGAUCUAUUCUCUGCCACUGUGGGCUCCGCACUGCCAAGUUGCUGUUGUACAGAGAAAAUCUACAAAUUCUGUCCCAUUCCAAAACAGGCAAAAAAUAUACUUGGUGGGGCAGCAAAGUAAAACUGGCUGCAGAAUGUAACCACCACUUUGAGGGAGCCUUGCAAUUAAUUGAGUGCUGUGUGUUGCAGAAGGUGGGGAAAUCUUGCAGCUGCCAAAGGCAUAACUAUCUUGAGUCAAGUGUCAGCACAGGCCUUAACUUUGGGCUAUUGUCUCACUUUCCAUGGACUCUAAUCUGCUGAUGGCAACAGCUGCACGAGGGUGGUAUUUAUUCCACAUUUGGCCACGCCCCUCACUGCCCAACUCCUUUUUGCUAGGCCUCGAUCCCAUUAGUUCAGUGGUACGUAACAGCAAUGAUGUGAGGACUAAGGCUCGGUGGCUGAGGAACGAGUUGGGUUUAGCCAGUCGUGUCCACUGGCCACAAGCUUGAAGCGUAGGUUUGGGUAGCUCUGCUUCCUGCAAUGAUCUCAUUGCUCAGCAAUGCUAAUCUUGCUGAUGGCCCAGGGGUCUUGACGGCAGUUACUGUGGGCUCAGCACGGGGGCAAGCUCUGCAGACCCUCCUGUCAAAUGGUCAAAAUGUUUUGGGGCACAGGGUCUGGCCGAAGGGACUUCUCCUUUAUGAAACUUGUUGUUUUUUUUUUGUUUUGGCUUCCUGGCAGAAUUGUUUAAAAGUUCAUAGUUGCAUUUGUUUUUGGUAGUUCUUCUAUCCAACUGUGAGCCCUCCAUUAAAUAUGGAUCUAUUGGAGAUCGCCUUCAUUCACCUUCCCCUCAAUAACUGACUUCUGCUUUGUGCUGUUUUUUUUUAAUAUAGCAGGAAGAGGAAAAUCUGAUUUUAGAUCCUUUGCAAACCUGGUGCUGGUGUUGCAUCUGUUGAGUGGAAAAUAGUGUUUUUUCUAAUCCUGUCUGGAUUUUUAUUUUCAUCUAUUUUGCCUCUGUAACAAGCACCAUUAAUAAAAUUAGCUCUGCAUCACA